ACGAUAGUUGACAGCUCUAAAAAGGCCAGCCUCUAUCUAUCUCAACGAGAAGCUUCUGAUGAAAAUAUUGUGAAAAUUUGUGUUUAUUGUGCAAAAAUACGUUCAAAUGCAUUAUUAAAUAAUGCAAGUUGUGCUAAUGCUAUGCCCACUACUGGCAGCCAAUUGUAAACUGACGCGCACACUUUAUCUAAACGUCAUAAAAUUUUUGUUUUUUUGAUUGUUCGAUUUUUCACAAAGCACAAAAAUCUGUGCGAGUGCAAAAUCUGGUCAUAUGCAACUGCAACUUGAAAACGAGCAAAUCCAAUCUUAAGCACAAAUGUCGCAUUAAGCAAGCACCAAAAUUGCAUUUUCGAACAUUUCCGCCUGCACCUGGUUUCCGUGGACGUGCUUUGGAUCCGUGGAUAACAGAGACGCAAAGAUAGACGCCGUGUGGGGUUGGGCUUCCGCCCCGCUGCGCUUAGCGGCGAACAGAAUGGGCGAUCCUUUACUGCCUGGCUCCACCGGCCUUGGCAGCGGCCCUGCUGCCGCAGCCACAGGUGGCUCGGGCACAACAGGAACUGGCCUGGGCAGCGGUGGCACCAGCGGUGCCGAACGCCCGCCCUCGCCGGCUCGACUCACCCACACAUCGGAGAAGCAUCCAAAAGUGACGCUUACCGAGCUAAACAUGCUGCGACGGCAUCGGGAGCUCUGUGACGUGGUACUCAAUGUGGGCGGACGCAAGAUCUUUGCCCAUCGCGUCAUCUUAAGCGCAUGCAGCUCAUAUUUUUGUGCCAUGUUCACUGGCGAGCUGGAGGAGUCGCGCCAAACAGAGGUCACCAUUCGCGACAUUGAUGAGAAUGCAAUGGAGCUGCUAAUUGAUUUUUGCUACACCGCCCACAUUAUUGUGGAGGAGUCCAAUGUCCAAACGCUGCUACCAGCCGCCUGCCUCCUGCAGCUCGUCGAAAUACAGGACAUAUGCUGUGAGUUUCUCAAGCGUCAACUCGAUCCGACCAACUGCCUGGGCAUACGCGCCUUCGCCGACACUCACUCCUGCCGCGAGCUACUGCGCAUUGCUGACAAAUUUACGCAACACAACUUCCAAGAGGUAAUGGAGAGCGAGGAGUUUCUGCUCUUGCCCGUCGGCCAAUUGGUGGAUAUCAUUUGCAGCGAUGAGCUCAACGUUCGCAGCGAGGAGCAGGUCUUUAAUGCAGUCAUGUCCUGGCUGAAGUACAAUGUCGCUGAGCGGCGACAGCAUUUGGCACAGGUGCUACAGCAUGUGCGUUUGCCGCUGCUUUCGCCCAAGUUCCUGGUGGGCACUGUGGGCUCUGAUCUCCUGGUACGCUCGGACGAAGCCUGCCGUGAUCUGGUCGAUGAGGCCAAAAAUUACCUGCUACUGCCGCAGGAGCGACCACUGAUGCAGGGCCCGCGUACCCGUCCACGCAAGCCCACGCGGCGCGGAGAGGUGCUUUUUGCGGUGGGCGGAUGGUGCUCGGGCGAUGCCAUUGCAUCUGUUGAACGUUUCGAUCCCCAGACCAAUGAUUGGAAAAUGGUUGCGCCUAUGAGCAAACGACGAUGCGGCGUCGGCGUUGCCGUUCUCAAUGAUCUGCUCUAUGCUGUUGGUGGACACGAUGGUCAGAGCUAUUUGAAUAGCAUAGAGCGCUAUGAUCCGCAGACUAAUCAAUGGUCCUGCGAUGUGGCGCCAACCACAUCGUGCCGCACAAGCGUCGGUGUAGCCGUACUGGAUGGCUUUCUGUAUGCGGUGGGCGGUCAGGAUGGCGUUCAAUGUUUGAAUCAUGUCGAACGCUACGAUCCAAAGGAGAACAAAUGGUCCAAGGUGGCUCCAAUGACCACACGCCGUCUGGGAGUCGCUGUUGCCGUCCUGAGCGGCCAUCUGUAUGCCAUAGGCGGCUCCGAUGGCCAAUGCCCGCUCAACACUGUAGAACGCUAUGAUCCCAGGCAAAACAAAUGGGUGGCAGUCAAUCCUAUGUCCACACGUCGUAAACAUCUUGGCUGCGCUGUAUUUAAUAACUAUAUUUAUGCCGUUGGCGGUCGGGAUGAUUGCAUGGAACUCUCGUCUGCUGAGCGCUACAAUCCAUUAACCAACACCUGGAGCCCAAUUGUGGCCAUGACCUCGCGGCGCAGCGGCGUCGGCCUAGCCGUAGUCAAUGGCCAACUGUAUGCUGUGGGCGGCUUCGAUGGCUCCGCUUAUUUGAAAACCAUUGAGGUGUAUGAUCCAGAGACGAAUCAAUGGCGCCUGUGCGGCUGUAUGAACUAUCGUCGUCUGGGCGGCGGCGUUGGCGUUAUGCGUGCACCCCAGACUGAGAAUUAUAUGUGGUGCGAUAAUAGUUUUCUACUGCAUGAUCGAUAAAGCGAUACCCUCAUAACUACAUAAUUAUAUUUCUUUUUGUAUUCAUCUUGUACUUUUAAACACACAUGUAUGCUAACACACAAACGAACAAUCGCAGGAUACGGAAGGAUUCUGUCGUCUGAUGGGAGCCGAAGCCGACGUCAGCUUUGCCGUCGCAAACGCUGCCGCCGCCGCAUUUCUACUGAAACUAAAACAACAACAACAAACAGACCGACAGAUAACUGCAACAAAUCGAAGCCAAAUUUUUCCAGCGUUUUAAAGUUGAGCGAUGUGUACGUAAUUGUAUAAUUAAUUGUUAAUUGUUUCUCAUUUGGUAGCGCUUUAAAAGAAAAUGUUUGUUGUGUCGCGCGUUUUAGCAAAUAUGCAUAGUGUUAGAUUCAAACCGAGACACACCCCCCAUAUAUACAUAUAUAAAUAGAUAUAUAUAUAUAAACAUAUGCAUAUGCUUACAUGAACGUAAAAUGUCGUUAGCAAUUCACAAAUGCUAAAUGUUCUUUGUAAAAAAAAAAAAAACUAAAAACAAAAAAAAAGUUGGUUAAAAUUUCAAGGAAAUUUCUAAAAUGCCUUCUCCCCAAAAAAUUAACUCAAAUUUCUCGAAAAAUAAUGCAGUAAGAAUCAAAUAUAUAUAUAUAUCUAUACAUAUAUAUAUAAUUGCUAAAAAUGCUUAUUGUAAAAUGCCUAAGCAAAAAACUGAUAAAUAAUAAUAAUGCAUGUAGGGCUUAUAAAAAAGUACUUGAAUUUGUAAAUUGUUUAUGCAUUAAAAUGAUAAUUGCAUAAAGAACGACAAGUAAAUCAAACAAAUAAUUUAAAAAGAAUUUCACAAUAAGCCCUUACAACAGCUUCCUAUCAAGCUUAAAAAAUGAUCUAACAUACAAUGAAAUUUAGACCUAACCUAGUACAUAACAAAUUUCAAUAGUAAAAUUAACAAGUACAUACAUAUAUCUAAUUAAUAAGUUUCAACAAUUGUCGAAAAGUAAUGCAAUCUGUUAAAUGUUGUGACAGCUGCGGAAGUCACAAUAUGUUGCUAAGGAACCAACUCGAAAUAACAAAACAUACAAAAUCGCA